UGGUCUUUGUUUCGAGGUUUUUGAUUACUGAUUCAGUCUCCUUACUUGUUAUUGGUCUGUUCAAGCUCUAUUCUUGAUGCAGACUUGGUAGAAUUUAUCCAUUUCUUCUAGGUUGUCCAAUUUGGCAUGUAACUGUUCAUAAUAGUACCUUAUUAUUUUUUUUUACAAAUUGUGGCAUCAUUUAGAAUGUCUGUUUUCAUUUCUGAUUUUAUUUGAGUCUUUGCUCUUUUUUUCUCAAUCUAACUAAGGGUUUGUCAUUUGUUUAUCUUUUCAAAAAACUGAUUCUUCUGUUGAUUUUUUUCCCGUUGGUUUUUGCUUUUUUGUUUCACUUGUAUCUACCCUAUUAUUUAUUUCCUUCUGCUAACUUUGGAUUUUAGUUCUUCUUUUCCUAGUUCCUUGAAGUGUAAAGUUCGGCUGUUUAUUAGAGACCCUUCUUCUUUUGUAGAAAGAAUGUAGGUCCUUAUCACUAUAAAAUUCCUUCUUGGUACUCCUUUGCUCAGUCGCAAAAGUUUUGGUAUGUUGUGUUUUCAUUUUUGUUUGUCUAUAGAUUUUCUAGUUUCCCUUUUGAUUUCUUCUUUGACCCCUUGUAUGUUCAAAGAUGUGUUCAUUUUCACCGGUUUGUAGAUUUUCCCAUUUUCUUGCAGUUAUUGAUGCCUACUUUCGUUCCAUUGUGGUUGGAAAAGGUAGCUGAGGUGAUUUCAGCCGCCUUAAACUUGUUAAGACGUGUCCUGUGACCAACCUUGUGAUCCUGGAGAAUGUUCAAGUAAGAAGAAUGCGUGCCCCUCUACUUUUGGGUGAAAUGUGCUCUGGAUGUCUGUUCUCAAGGGACAGACUCAUCGGUUCCAGCAGUGGGGGGUGGUCAGACAACAAACACUUCAAAGCGAGCUCGGCUCAUGCCAGACAGACAGGCGGUCUUCUUCUCUUGUUCCAGAAUUGAGUGUGAGCAGGACGCACCCUUAACUGCAGACCGCAGGUACUCCGUGCGUGUGUCACCGCAGAUGGCAAACCGGAUCGUGGAUUCUGCAAGGAGCAUCCUCAACAAGUUCAUCCCCGAUAUCUACAUUUACACAGACCACAUGAAAGGAGUCAGCUCUGGAAAGUCUCCGGGUUUCGGGUUGUCACUGGUUGCGGAAACCACCACCGGCGCCUUCCUCAGUGCCGAGCUGGCCUCCAACCCCCAGGGCCAGGGGGCUGCCGUGCUUCCGGAGGACCUCGGCCAGAACUGCGCCAAGCUGCUGCUCGAAGAGAUCUAUAGGGGUGGAUGUGUUGACUCGACCAACCAGAGCCUGGGUCUGUUGCUCAUGACCCUUGGACAGCAGGAUGUCUCCAAAGUCCUGCUAGGACCGCUGUCUCCCUACACGAUAGAGUUUUUGCGGCAUUUGAAGAGCUUUUUCCAGAUUAUGUUUAAAAUUGAAACCAAGCCAUGUGGCGAAGAACUCAAGGGUGGGGAUAAAGUGCUGCUGACCUGCGUUGGCGUUGGCUUCUCCAACCUUAGCAAGACCCUCAAGUGAUACUGUCACAAGAUGAGGCCCCAACGCCUACAAACAAAACAGACGCUUGCCACGGACACCCAGGGGGACCAAGUCCAAAUUCAUCCAGGACAGGAGAGCCUCUUACCUUAAGGAUUUCUUCAUUUUCCAUUAAAAACAAAGUCAGAACAUUUAAAUAAAAGACCUCUCUGUGUCAUGUGGUUUCUAGCCGUUUCUGCAGUGGCAUUGACACUCCUCAGGAAGCCCAGUCACGACCAGAGCUCCCGUAGCCCACGGGGAGGAAGAACGUGCCUUCAGGACACAGCUGUGUUGCUGGAGCAACCGCGCCCCUGCAUCUCCGCAGGGCUCACUCCGCCUGCACCCCCGGCUUCUGUCGUGGCGCUGUUCUCCAGACCUGCAGGGUCCGUUACAGUUUCUUCUGCGAGGACUGACCACUUUGAGCCUCGGUUUCUGGGUAGGGAUUAAAUGAGACCAUAUGGGUGGAAGCUCUUUAUGUGGAACGCACGUGUCAAAAAUCGAUAAUGUGAAACUAAUUUGUCCCUCGUCUUGUGAACGGACUGAUACCUUGGAGGCAGCUACCACUCUUCUCCGGUCCGUCACGUGUAUAUGUGGGGGGGAUGAGUGUCUGGAGAGGGCAGGGCUCGAUUAAACUUAUUGGAUAUUUUCUGUA